GGCAUUCGAGGUGAAAUAGAAGAGAAUUCGUUGGAGGAAUUCGAUACAUUCACUAAGGUCUAUCUUGGUUCAGAGAUAUCUGCGAUGGAUCCAAAGGUACGCAAGUGUGUGGAGAGAGCUGUCGAAGGAGUUAGAACUAGAACUGAUUGCGAUGCCUACUUAAUAGAGCACAUUAGUAUUGCUGAAAUAGACGAAUGCUAUAGAAAUGUCGAGUUUCCCGAGACGGGACCAAAAAAUCUACUGCCAUCUGUGGGCUCGGGUAGAGCAGGAGCAAACAAACAGCGAGAAUCGACGAUUGAAGAAGAGAUCGAAAGAGAAGUCGAGAAGUGGUCGUUCGGCAACGCCCUGAUCUUUACCUUCAGCGUUAUCACGACUAUAGGUAUGCGAAGAGCUCGAGAUCGCCACGGGUUACUUACUGUCCAACAAAUUUGGUCAUUCUUCCUACUCACUGCACUUGCGUCAAGCCAAAACUGA